AUGGAGCUGGCACCGUCGGGGCGCACAGAAACCGGGACUCAGAGGAGGCGAGACGCGAUGAGGAAGCAGAGCGCGCGCACGGCCGCGCUCGUCCUGUGCAUUCUGUCCUACUUGCUGGUGGGCGCCGCGGUCUUCGAUGCGCUGGAGUCAGAGGCCGAGCGCAACCGGCAGCGGCUGCUGGCCCGGAAGCGCAGCGAGUUCCGCAGAAAGUACGGCUUCUCCGCCGACGACUACCGCGAGCUGGAGCGCUUGGCGCUGCAGGCAGAGCCGCACCGCGCCGGCCGCCAGUGGCGUUUCGCAGGUUCCUUCUACUUCGCCAUCACGGUCAUCACCACUAUCGGGUAUGGCCAUGCUGCCCCAGGCACGGACUCCGGUAAGGUCUUCUGUAUGUUCUAUGCACUCCUGGGCAUCCCCCUGACGCUGGUCACCUUCCAGAGCCUGGGCGAGCGUCUAAAUGCGCUGGUGAGGUUUCUGCUGCUGGAGGCCAAGCGCUGCCUGGGUCUGCAGCGGCCGCACGUUUCCGCAGAGAACAUGGUGGUAGCCGGGCUUCUGCUGUGCGCUACCACCCUGGCCCUCGGCGCCGCUGCCUUUGCGCACUUCGAGGGCUGGACCUUCUUCCAUGCCUACUACUACUGCUUCAUCACUCUCACCACCAUCGGCUUUGGCGACUUCGUGGCGCUACAGAGAGACGAGGCGCUACAGAGGAAGCCGCCCUACGUGGCCUUCAGUUUCCUCUACAUCCUUCUGGGGCUCACGGUCAUCGGUGCCUUCCUCAACCUGGUGGUCCUGCGCUUUCUUGCCAGCGCCGACACUCCUGAGCGCUCAGUCCGCUGCGCCAGCGCAUUCCGCAGGGGGGCGCUCAAGAGACGCGCCCGCACUGCGGCCUCCACCUGUAUCUCUCAGGGCAUCCAUCAGCUGGAUACUUGGGCAUGCGACAACCCGGCCUUCUCGCCUCCCUUGAGUCCAGAAGCUCUGUACCACUGCCACAAUAGUACAGACAGACGCCGAGCUCGGAGGAAGUCCAUCUGAAAGUCCUACCCUACCCGGGCGAGGGCUGACCAAUCAAUGUCUAGCCGCGCCUGUUAGCAAACCCACCCUUCCUCUGGCUUGGAGGGGGUUGAGGCUCCCGUUAGCAACUGCGAAUCAUCCCUUCUAGAAAUACAUGAAUGUUGCACUAAAAGCAGAAGCCGACUCUACAGUCACCCUGGAGGUGUAAACUGUUUGGUCUAAACUUGUAGGAAAAUGUGGCCUUCAGCCCCUAGGAGGAGUGACACCAGGUCACCCCUUCAAAGGAUGACAAGCGGCUAGCUUCUGCCCUGAAGAGGAAAGGCACGAUUUUAAGCACUAGAAUUUGACUAGAGGGACUGGGUGCUCAUGCUAAAAGUAUGAGACAGAGACAGAUUGAAGGCAGUUUAUGGCUCACAGUGGGCAAUUUGUGCACCACGUAGAUGGCAUUCCCUUUGCUCUGCAUGAAGGGUGGAGUUAUCCCAACUGUAAAUGGUUGCCCCACUGUCAAGCAGAAGCCCUGUUCCUGCGUAGCCCCUUCUGGAUGAAGGGGAUAGUCUCCCCCUCUCACUACCUGUAGGCAGCUCAGUGGUGUAGGAUGCAUUUCAUUCGGGGUCCCACCAAUCACCAGCAACAUGUCAUUGUGAUUCACAUCGCUUUCCUGAACCCCAGCUUCUCCACCAGUAAGACAGAGCCCAUUUGCACACCCUGUUUCACAGGGUACCUGGGGGAGAGCUUCCUGACUUGAGUUUCUGCUCACAGAGGAUGUUAAUCAGCCCAUGGCGAGACACCUUGACACCCU